CAUCCGUAGCUAAUAUAUCUACAAUGGCUUUCAAAGCUAUGCUUCUGCUUGCUACUAUUCUCUUAGUUACUGCAAGGGUUUCCUCAGAUGAUCAUCCAGAGAAAAACGCAAAGUUUUGGGGGCUAUUUCCUUGGGAGGAUUGGGAUGAUGAACCACCAUUCAAUAUCCCAAUCCCAAUACCGACACAAUCUCCACCACCGCCACGAUCUCCACCACCGUCACCACCUCCAGCCAAAGCACCGGCUCCUGUGAAGGCACCGGCUCCAGUUCCACCUCCAGCGAAAGCACCUGCACCAGCUCCUGUGUACCCACCACCUUCGGCUCCGACUCGGAAAAAGGACGGCGAUGAUUCCUCUUUCCCAGGAGGAGGCGUUAUCCCACCGUUCGUUCCCGUUCCACCGGUCUUCCCAACUGUACCGCCUGUUCCAAUAUCGGGCGGCGGAACCCGGAGCCCGAGCACAACUGGUCCCCCUCCCAACAUCAAACCGUCACCCCCACCCGACACCAAAACUCCAAACAACUCCCGUCAAUGCACGUGCGCUCCUCCAGUUCCAGUAGUGAAGAACCCUAACCCUAAUACUCAGAUCAAGGCCCCGCCUGCUCCACCCUCUCCCAUCACGUCCCCAUCCACUCCACCAUCUCCUCCGCUGAAGGCCUCGCCUCCACCUCCACCUCCACCAUCACCACUUCCCAAAAGGGCAACGCCGCCGCCUUCACCUCCGAAGAAUAAGGCGCCACCACCUCCAAAGAAGAAGGCACCGCCUCCACCACCACCGUCGGACGAACAGGAGGGCGCACCGGAGGAGGCACCAGCUCCCUCGGCAAGACAUCUGGGGAAAGCACCACCUCCAAUACCUCUAGCGAAAGCACCGCUGCCGCCUCCACCUCCUAAGAUUAAGGCGGCACCAGCUCCCUCCUCAAAACAUUGUCCGAAACCUCUGGUGGACGCACCUGCUCCGAAACCUAAUCUGGUACCCAAAGCACCCGCUCCGAGGCCUAAUUGGGUGCCCAAAGUACCAGCUGCACAACCUCCACAAAAAGGAUCGGCUCGGAGACCUAAUGGGGGACGGAGAGCACCUGCUCCAAAACCGGAUCGGUUGCGAAAAGCACCCGCCCCAGAACCGCUCGUGAAUGAACCGGCUCCGAUAUUGCUACGCUGACAUGUUCUUGAAAUUUUGGAAUCAAGUUUUUUCCAUUUUUCCUCUCGUGAGUUCAUGUCACGUGAGCUGAACAAGUACGAGAGAGGCAAAAAAGAAAAUAACAACAAUAAAAGGCUUUUCUCUCGUUGUUAAUUUUGUAAUCCAUCGUAUCCUCCUAUCUAUGCAUAUCAUAAAAUAAAAUGGGCAAUUCAAUAGACCCUUUUGACUCAGUAUCCAAUGAUUUGGUGCUUCGUUUUAACAGAGAAUAUUCAGGCAAACAUAUA